AUGCCGCUGGUCAAGCUGAUCCCGUCCCCGCUCGUCGACUUGACUCGACCGGACUUGACCACACACUCUCAUGGCUCCCUGCGAUUCGUCGACAAGAUGCCACUCGUCCCGACGCCUGUGCCACCGACGCCGACCAAAAGACGCGCGUCACCGACCGGCUCGCCGCUGUCAGCACCGCUCCCAGUGACUCGUCGCUUGUCCACGACGUCCCCUGAAGCCGGAACUACCUCGCCCCCGCCCGCCACCGCCGCUCUCCGCCCAACCCCGCCCCCACAAAGGUACGUUCUGAUGCCGCCCGACUUGUCACAGACACUCGACCCGCUGCUUGCACGGCCUGACUCGUCACCGAUGCCUUGUGACUCGUCGCCAACUCAAUGCAUCACGACGCUGCCGCCUCCUGGUUUCGACAUCAUCCUGCCGCUGAAUUAA